AUGGCAAGCACAUAUCUUCGUCCCUCAACAACCACAAAGAGGGUUAAAUUGGUCUUAACAUGCGAUAACUGUAAAGAUCGUAAGGUUAAGUGUGACAAGGAACGUCCUGAAUGCGGAACCUGUAGGAAGACGCGCAGGCCUUGUAGUUACAAUUACGCGGAUCGAACUGUACUUAUGAGAGAUCAGCAAGGCCUGAGUUCACUGCCUGAUUCAACUUCUCUUCAAAAUCAGUUGAAUUACUUGCAGGGAGUGCAGUUUGGCCAACUAUUUGACGAAACUGGAUUUUUGGCGAUGGCAACACGUGUUCCUCCUGGCGUAGAUGUUGAAAACUUCCAAAUUUCUGGAAUGCUGACGAGACCAUUAGUUACAGUUCAACCGGGUGAUGAUACUUUUGGCAACUAUGACGGUACUUCAGUGAUCACAACUGAAGUUCUUCAAAAUUCGAUUAAUAUCGCAUCAAACAUUCAAAGACCACCUGAACAAUGUCAAUACGAUCCAACGUAUUUUAUAAAUCAAGCUGAUUUUGCCGCACUUAUACAACAGGUACCUAAAACAUCCGAAGACUCGGAAAUGAACGAUCUUACAUUGUCAAUCGAAAAUUUAAGGCUAUACGAGUCAACUCGUUAUGUUGGUGAAGGCUCAUUACUGAUGCUCGACGAUAAUAACGAUGAAAUGAUAAUUCCAUUAAUGCCAGAAGUGCAGGAUGAAUUGAAACCUGUUGACGAUUCACUCAAGUAUUUACCCAAUAUAGAAACAGUUGAACAGCUAAUUAACUUAUAUUUUAAGCACGUCCAUCGAUAUUUUCCUGCUUUAAGAGUACAAGUUAUCUGGGAUGCUUUACAAAAUUUAUCUAAGCCACAACACUUGUUAUUAUUAAAUUGUAUAUUUUUUGUUGCAUCACCAUUCCAUGAUGAUCCAGACAAGCAAGAUGGAAAGAUUUAUUUUGAUCGAGCAGAAGGUGCAGCAUGGUCAUAUCAUGGAAUAGCGACUAAAAUGCUGUUUGAGCUUGGGUUGCACCGUAAAUAUAAGAAUUUAGUAUUUAAGAUGGAAGAAGUUGAAAGAUUGCGAAAUGAGGCCUUUUGGAUGACUUUCAUAUCUGAAAAUUUUGUAUCUACAACUUAUGGUCGACCAAAUAUGAUUGACGAAACUGAUUGCAAUAUAAGUGUACCUCAAGUAUCAUAUGAUUCGAACUUACUAGACGACAACGCGCGACUCGAAAUUGCUUAUAUUAAUUUAAUUAAUCUCAGUCGGAUUUGCGCUAGGGUGCGGAAAUAUUUACAUGCUGCAUCAAGAUUAAGAUUUUUGAUGCAAGAUGACCAAAAUAAAUUCCAAGUUCUGGAUGCUGCACUGGCAAGUUGGCUUCAUGCAUUACCACAGUGGUUAAAGUUUGAUGAAAUUGUAAGAGAUCCCAAUGGAACUUUAUUGAAUGGCAUCGGAGGUGAUAUGCAUAUUUUCUUCUGUACAAUACUUAUCCUUCUCCAUGGCAGAUAUCUAAGACCACCAGAUCAAUAUCCUGAUGUACCUUAUUCUGCGGAUUCUCUUGCAAUCUGCAUGCAACGGGCUAUCAUAAUAGUUCAUUGUCUUGAAAUAUUAUUAUCAAAAUAUCCAGAGUUUUUUGCUCUCGCUGUAUCAGGUCCAUUUGCAAUUAAUCCUGCAAAACGCGUUUUUAUUUGGCAUGCUAGAUAUGAUUUAGUGGAAACUGAGGAUGGUACUAUUAGAAAAUCUGAAAACUGUAGAAAGUCCGAAGAAAUGUUAAUGCGCCUUGAAGUCAUUGAGAACCAAAUUUCUAGAAUUUCACGGAGGUAUGAUCGAGGAAGGAUACAUUACGAUGAAGGAUUUAUAAAUGACAGACCUGCUGAAUGGUUAGGUAUGACUCAACAUCGCAAGAAGAUAGAUAGAAAUGCUAUUGUUCCUAGAGAAUGGGAGUCAUUUAUUGCAGAUGAUGACAAAGCAACAAGAAAACAAUAUUCAGUUAUUGCAAAAAAGCAAUCGGGACCUUUUAUGCCAAAACGACAAAAUUCUGGUGUUUACAGGUCAACAAAUGGUAACAGGAUGCAUAGUUCAAGCUCUCUCAUAACACAACCGUUAUCUGAAGAACCUAUGAACGAACCCAAUUUCAUAUUUAAAACUGAUAGAGAUUUUCAGUUUUCUGCUUUCCAACAAUCUUCCUCCAUAAAUAAUAAUAUGUUCCAAGAUGAUCAAUUUCAUUCAUCAACUCAACCACCACUACCAAUUAUACAAGAUUUUAGUUCGUCACCUUUACAGCAAUCACAAUCAAUACAAGAUAACAUUGAUCAGGUACAAUAUUCACUUGAUGUGAAGCCAAAUAAUGAUAUGCUACGAACACCUCCCCAAUCAGCUAGACUUUCACAAUGGCCACGAUCUAACGAUGGUACUCCAGCCUUGUCCCCAACUUUGGUAUCAGCUACAGCUAACGUAAUAUUAACGCCACCACCACAGUCUGAUUUAUACAUAGAAUCAAAUGAUUUUAUUAAUAAUGAAGGUUUAGCUAUGCUUCAAAAUUCAAAUGCUCAGGAACAAAUGUUUCAUGAUGAAUUCGUUAAUGAAAAUAAUGGAAUAGGAUAUGAUGAUAACGGAGAUAGUAUCUUUGGUCUUGGAAUAUCUGUUUCGACCGAUAAUUAUAGACAAGAGUAA